AUUAAUAUGUUUGCUGCUGCUACCAAGAGCUUUGUCAAGCAAGUUGGAGAUGGAGGGAGAUUAGUUCCUGUUCCAAGCCUCAGUGAGGCUGACAAAUACCAACCUCUAAGUCUGGUGGUAAAAAAGAAGCGAUGCUUUUUCUUUCCCAGAUAUAAAUUUACUUCAACACCUUUUACACUGAAAGAUAUUCUUCUAGGAGACAGAGAAAUUUCAGCUGGUAUUUCAUCUUAUCAGUUACUGAAUUAUGAAGAUGAAUCAGAUGUUUCACUCUAUGGAAGGCGAGGCAACCAUAUUGUGAAUGAUGUUGGGAUUAAUGUCACUGGAUCAGAUUCUGUUGCAGUGAAAGCUUCAUUUGGUGUGGUGACCAAACAUGAAGUGGAAGUAUCGACAUUACUCAAGGAAAUUACUACACGAAAAAUUAAUUUUGACCACAGCUUGAUACGUCAGACAAAAAGCAGCAGAAAGGCAGUAUUGUGUGUGGUCAUGGAAAGCAUUCGAACCACACGACAGUGCUCGCUGUCUGUGCAUGCUGGAAUUCGUGGGGAAGCCAUGCGGUUUCAUUUUAUGGAUGAACAGAAUCCCAAGGGAAGGGACAAAGCUAUUGUUUUUCCAGCACACACAACCAUAGCUUUCAGUGUUUUUGAACUCUUCGUUUACUUGGAUGGUGCCUUUGACCUUUGUGUCACUUCAGUGUCAAAAGGAGGUUUUGAAAGGGAAGAAACUGCAACGUUUGCGCUGCUCUACAGAUUGAGGAAUAUACUAUUUGAGAGAAAUAGAAGAGUGAUGGAUGCCAUUUCUCGUUCACAGCUUUACUUAGAUGAUCUUUUUUCUGACUACUAUGACAAACCUCUCGGCAUGACUGAUAUUUCUCUCAAAGAAGGGACUCAUAUCCGAGUUAACUUACUUAAUCACAAUAUUCCAAAAGGACCUUGCAUACUCUGUGGAAUGGGGAACUUCAAAAGGGAGACGGUUUAUGGGUGCUUUCAGUGCUCCGUUGAUGGGCAGAAGUAUGUGAGACUUCAUGCAGUUCCUUGUUUUGAUGUUUGGCACAAGAGGAUGAAGUAAAACAAAAAUAAUGAACGUACCUUGCUAGUGUUUUAGGUGCACCUGUGCCACACACCUUUCCAAAAUUUUCUAGGUUUGCUUUGAUGAAUUGUGGCAAAGUAAAGAGGGAGAGGAAAGAGAAAUUAACCUGUUUGGGCAUCAUUUUCUUCAUCGAUAAAAGGGAAGAUAAUAGUUUCUAUCCUAUAAAUUGCCAUAAAGGUUAAUAUUGUUUAUGUGAAAAAGGUUUAAAUAUUCAAAACAUAGCAAUUCCUUCAUAAAAUCUGCCAGUUACUUUAGAAGUAUACUUGGGAAUUCAGUCUAUCAUCUUAACUUUACACAGCAAUUUUUCUCAAUAUCAAUUUUAGUUUUAAUUGGCUUUUAAGUCAACAUUUAAGAAUGACAAGAGGUUAAAUGUGGUGACUUUAUGGUGCCUUACCCACUGCCUUAGGUCUGGUAAAAUGAGAAAAAUGUGUUAAUAAUUUAAUGUAAUCCUAAAUAUUUAAUUGCGGUAUCAAAUUAAAAGCACACUGAGCUCAGUGUGGGGUUUUGUGUACACAGUUAACAGGGAGACUGUUAGUGGUAAUGGGCUGCUGUCCUGUAUCAUACACAUGCUCCCUAGUUUUGUCUUUAGAAAAACUCACUGCUGUCAAGGUAAGGCAGCUAGAAAAAAAAAAUAGUUAAGGCAACUAGGACACCUUUAUCUUUCGCCUUUGAAAAUGUUUAAAAUAUUUAACAUAUUUAGUUCUGAGAGCUCAUUUUCAUCUACUCUGUAAGACAUCUGAAAUUUUUCAUACACAGACAACCUAAAUUAUUAAUUUACUCGACACCCUUAUUAAAAUAAUUGCAAAAGUGAUGUUAAGAUUCUAGAACUCAAAAUGUAGUGACACUAGGUAUCUACUCGUAUAUGCCUGUGAAAGCAUAAAACAAUCAUGGAAAUAUAAAACAUCUGAUGCCUGUCUGCACAUAGAAUGAUUAAAAUGUUACUGUUUACUUAAAUGUGACUAGGGUUUUUGAAUCAAUCUUCAUUUAAUAUCAUCUAUAAAUUUUAAAAACAUAAGUUUAAAAGCACUUUGAAAACAAUGGGACAGGAUAGAAUUGUGAAUAGUUUGUAUAAAGGGAUGACUUCCUUGUAUAUCUUCCUUCCACAGUAUUUUUGUUUUGAGCAGAAUAUGUGAGUCAAGUGCAAAUACGAGUAUACUGAUGGCAAAAUAUUCUAGUGACUUUUUUUGUAUGGAUAUAGAUAAUGGGAGUCGUUUCCAAUGGAGGUUUUCCUGAGGGAAGUCAAAGAACAAGAAUUCGCGAUUAGCAAGUAAAGAGUUUACAAAACUGGGUACAGGCAUGAAGAACUGGGAGGAAAAGAAGAUAAUGAAGGUUUUGGUUUUAUGAAGUGUCAAACUCUGUGCUAUGUAUCUGUGAUAUCCAUUGAUCUGGUGGUUUUUGUGUUACCCCUACACUUUUAGGUAAUAGAAUUUCUGGCAGUGUAUCGAUGGUUUGUAAAGGGCAAGUUUCAGAAAAUGGAAAAAGCUUCGUUUUGAACUCACAUGUCUUGAGCAGAGCUAUUUAUUUCCUGACCAUACCUUCCUACAUAUGCAGUAGGCAAAACCUUACAUGUUCCGAUAAAUAAUGUGCCCUUUCUUUGGCACCAGUGUGAUCUUCUACAGCAUCUCUUACCUCCUGUUCUCAGAAAAUUGGAUGUCAUGAUUUGACUGUGACAUGGAAUUGCCAUGGCAGUGUAUGUUCCCAUUUGUAUCCUCAUUUGAUA